GUGGCUUUUGUUGAUGCGACGUCUCGGGCCCGUAGACCGCCCUAAUCGCUGUCGACGCGGGUGCAACUCGUUCCAUACGUUCCAGACGUGCGAAAGCGUUGCCUCGUCCAGCGCAACAGCCAACGCGCGCGAACCAUGGGCUUUAAGACGCUCUCCCUGACGGCCGUCGGCGCGGCCGCCCUCGUCGCGCCCCCGAGCCAGACCGCUGCACCGCUCACGGUACGACAUGGCAUCUUUGACGGCGUCAAGGAGGCGUUCAGCCAGGAAACGACGAUCCUCGACGAGGACCGCGUGACGCCGUUCGACCGGUGGCUCGGCAUCGACGUGCGCAGCGACGAGAGCCAGGGCCAGGCCGAGGCCUUCGCCGUGCCCGACGACUUCGUGGACUCCAUGGACGAGUCGAACUAUGUGUUUGUGGACCUCCCGAAGCCGAUGGGGAUCGUCUUCGAGGAGAACGACCCGGGGACUGGUGGCGUUUUUGUCGCCUCCCUGGCCGAGGGCGGCGCGGCCGAGGCCGACGCCUCACUAAAGGCGGGCGACCAGCUCGUGGCCGUGGCCGGGACCACCGUCAAGGGCGCGGACUUCGACGCGUGCCUCGGCGCGAUCCAGGCGUCGUCGGGCGCGGCCACGCGGCUCGUCUUCUUCCGCGGGCCCGCGCCGUCGCUCUACGGCUCGCUCGGCGCGUCCGACGAGUGGAUGGCCGAGUUCAUGGGCAAGCACGCGUCGGCGCCUGCAUCUGCGCCGGCGCCCGCGCCGGAGCCGGCGCCGGCGGAGUCGGCGUAGGGUUCUGUAAAAAAUAUUCUCUCGGUUAUCACAUUAUUCUAGUCCAUGGAGACGGUGCACAGCGACGACGCGAAGCGCGCCUUGUUGGAGUCAUCGUCUUUGUUGAUACGCGUCGAGUAAGACACGUACACGAGGGCGUUCGCCUC